CGGUGUUGCACAGAGUGGACGUAUUGCUCAUCUCUAUCUGUGAGUGAUACUCACGGAUGAUUGAUGAACCCGCGGCAUCUUUGCUGCAGGAAGAUGGCAGCGGCGGUCCGCGUGGCUGUGAGGUCAGAUCUCCUGCUCGCAAGAGGCGUGGGCGCGGCCCGCGGCUACGCGUCAAUGAGAGGCGGCGCCGAUGCGCCACACAAGAGGCCGACACUGAGGAUUCGCGGCAGCCGUGACAGUGACAGCCUGCAUUACGUGCGCAGGGGGUCGCCAUGGAUCCUGGCGGCGGAUGUGGACAACACAGGUGGGUGAGCGCUGUCCUUUGCAGUGAGUGCAUUUGCACUGUGAUCGAUGGACGGUUGGUGGUUGGAUGGUUGGAUGGUUGUGUGUGUGUGUGUGGGUGUGGGUGUGGGUGUGUGUCAGAAUCGUUGCAGGUGUAUUCCCCCUGUCUGGUGAAUGUGGAGAGCGACAGCGGCGUGGACUGGGGGGUGGCGGCAUACACACGGCACUCGUCCAUCGCCGCAAGGUAAGGUCAUCCCAUACACCCCACCCCACCCAGCACAAGCACAGCACACAGACAGACUCACACACGCUGUCCAUGGCUACACGUCCGUCUGUCCACCAGGAUACUGUCGCGCGAUCGCCACGUGACUGUGGAGAAGGGUUUCUUCCUCACCCGGCUGGAGAGGGCGCUGCAGCUGCGGCAGCAGAUCUACCCUGGCGAAGAGUUCUACCGACUCGUCAACGCUGAGGGGGACCACCUGCCAGGCAUCGUUGUCGACAGGUAGGUAGGUACCUUACCUUACCGUGCCACGUCACCUCGCCGGUGCGGUGUGUGUAUCUUCCUUCGUGUGUUCGAACGUGUUGUGUGUUUGGAUGGGAUGCGUCAGGUACGGCAGCACGGUGGUGCUUCAGGUGAAUGCGGCAGGGCUGGACGACCACAUCCGGUCGUUCAUUGCCGCUCUUGACGAGCUGCUCCAGCCGGCCGUCAUCUUGCUGCGCAACGACAGCUCUGCACGGGGCCUUGAGAGGCUGCCUCUGCUCACCGAGGUCUUCAGAGGUACGCGAUAUGAUUGAUGGGUCGGUGGAUGGAUGGAUGGCCAUGUGUGGACGGCACAUUGCUUGCUGCCUGUGUCAGGACCGUAUCGCACGCCGACUGAGAUUCGCGAGAACGGCGUCACAUUCUUGGCAAGCUUCCAUGCAGCCGCUCCCUUGUGUGUGCGCGCGGAUGACGUGUGUGUGUGUGUGCCUUCUUGUUGUGUCACUAACGUGCAGGUGAGUUUGCUUGUGGGCGAGCGCACGGGGUGGUUCUACGACCAGCGGGACAACAGGGCGCUGCUCGUGCCCUUGUGCAAAGACAAAACAGUUCUCGGUGAGCGAGUCAAGUGAGGCACUCACUGGUGGGUGGAUGGAUGGACGGAUGCGAUUCCCACCCUCAAAGGCUGUCUGUCUGUCUGUCUGGUGUCUGCAGAUCUGUACUCCUAUGUGGGGGCCUUCGGCAUCCAGGCGGCGGCCCACGGUGCGCGGCACGUGACGUGUGUGGACUCGCUGUCUUCGUCCAUCGACUACGGCAGCCAGAGCGCCCAGGUCAACAUGCUCCAAGACAGAGUCCACUUCGUCCACGCCAAGGCUGAACGGCUCCUGAAGCACUUCGCGGAUCUGCGGCACCCACACAACCGCAACAGCCUGCCCGAAGGCGCCAGCGACUCUGAUGACUCCGCCCACCCAAUGAUGGGAAAGUCGCCGGGUCCGUAUCUGUCCCCGCCCCCGGUCGAGUGGGAGGAGCGCGUCAAGGCGUCGGGCCACAUGUGGGAUGUCAUUAUCAUGGACCCCCCGCCCCUCUCGCCGCAAAGGAAAGUCCCUCCGUCAGCUGUGGCUAAGUCGGCCGGGGAUAUGAUGCACUCGCAAAAGAGGCUGGCGUCCGAGCCCUAUGCGAAGCUGCUCACGGCAGCACUGCAAGUGACAGCUCCGAAUGGGCUGGUGUUCAUAUCUUCUGCACAUCGAGACGUGGGACCGGCAGAGCUGAGGGACGCGGCAAGAAGGUAAGUUGUGUGUUAUGGUCAGGGGGGGAGUCCCUCAAUCGACCUAGCCCAUCGUUGAUUGUUGUUCUUCCCUGUCGUGUGUGUGUCAUUCCAUGUCAUGUCAUGCAGGGCGUGUCUGUGUGUGGGGCGAACGUGUCGCUUGGUGUGCCAGGGGGGCGCGUCGGCGGACCACCCGCAGCACUUGGCGCUGCCGGGCGGCCAGAUGCCGCGGAUCGCAUCCAUGCUCGUACACGUCGAGUGAGUAAUGAGAGACAGCCACAUAUAUGGGGGCGGGGGGGUGUGGUGGGGUAAGUGGUGUAUCUAUCGCAGCAGCUGCCAGCAGCAUGUAGGACAUACAGAAGGGAACGGAUAGUAGUACUGAGGAAGGGAUGGUCUCAUCCAUUUACGUGAAGGCUGACUCAUAUCAUCAUCUCAGUGGAAGCCCGUUUCUCUUUCUCUCUUUGUCCGCGUAGAUAA